UUUAAGGGGGGAGGUUUGGAGCUGCUCGGACUCUCGUUGUUUCUCCGCCAGGACUGGUCUAAAUACUUUCUAGGACUGACAUAAGUGCUACUUUCUUUAAAGAAAAUAUAAGACUGAGCGACGUUCCGUUUUCGGAUAUUUUGUUAGAGUGAGUUGAACAACUUUUCUGCCCAUUUUUCUUUGGAAGUGAACGGACGAAAUUUCAUCUCCGGCGGAACGUUUUUGGGAUAAAGGGACCAACAAAAACCACCGUACAGGCUGCACUCACGUAGUGUCCGACCUGUUUAGCUAGGUAAGAGAAAAGAAACUCGUCGCAAACCCGAAUAGAAAUAAAACAAUUAACAAUUUUACUGCCACUUAGUUUUUUCCCCAGUUCUCCGUUGAUUAGUUGCGGUUUUCGGACUGUCGCACAAGUUUGGUUAAAAAGAAAAGACAAGAAAAUAUGCGCAGACCUGUUAGCUAGCCGCUGGUAGCUCGGAGUAAAAGAGCUUCGGACACAUUUGAAGUUUGGAUAUACGUUUUAUUUUUUUAUUUUUUUCUCUCGGGGAAGUUUUCCUGCGUCCAGGCUCGUCUUUUAGGAGUCUUCCUUAUCGGACCAACUCUGGCUGUUUCGCAGCUCCCCGCCACUAAGCUGUGCACUGUGAAUGACCCGCUGCUGAUGCCCCAAAGAUCUGAAUGGAGUUCGAGUCGCAGAAAAGCCAACAGUUGUAGCUCCCUCAGCAGGAUGCUGAUGAGGCCAAGUAUACUUCUGUUUCUGGCUUUAUUCGCCCAAGUUUUGAGGACCCAGUGCCGGCCUGCGGUCACCGAUGAAGUCUCGGUGGAAACGCAAGCAGAGCUGUUUACCGUCUAUCUUGGGGACCCUCUGGCUCUGAGUUGCUCACCCAAGGACUCCAUCCACACUGUCAACUGGACCAAAGACCAUGUGCUUGUUGUGGAUGGAGAACACACGCGGAUUCGCAGCGGCAAACUGGAGAUUGAGGCGGUGGAGCUAACGGACUCUGGGCUGUACGCGUGCACCACUUUUGGCAACCACAGUGACUACUUCAAUGUCACAGUUGAUACCUUGGCCUCAUCUGAGGAUGACGAUGAAGAUGAAGAAUCUUCAUCAGAGGAAGCUAAACUCUCAGGCAGUCAGAAACUGCUGACUAAGGCCCCGCAAUGGGCUCAUCCAGAAAAAAUGGAGAAAAAGCUUCAUGCUGUCCCGGCCAGUAAGACUGUGAAGUUUCGAUGCCAGGCCAGUGGCAACCCAAUGCCAACUCUGAAAUGGUACAAGAAUGGGAAGGAGUUCAAGAGAGACCAUCGCAUUGGAGGCUUCAAGGUCCGUGACCAUAUGUGGACCAUCAUCAUGGAAUCGGUAGUACCCUCUGACAAGGGAAACUAUACCUGUGUGGUGGAAAACCAGUAUGGCAGCAUUAACCACACCUACCAGCUUGAUGUAGUCGAACGCUCUCCUCACAGGCCAAUCCUGCAGGCCGGCCUGCCAGCUAAUCGCACCGCAGUGGUAGGCAGUGACGUGGAGUUUGAGUGCAAGGUGUUCAGUGACCCACAGCCUCAUAUUCAGUGGCUGAAGCAUAUCGAGGUCAAUGGGAGCCGUGUUGGUCCUGAUGGGUUACCAUAUGUCCGUGUCCUCAAGCAUUCUGGGGUCAAUAGCUCGGAUGCUCAGGUGCUGACCCUCUACAAUGUGACUGAGGAGGAGAGCGGAGAGUAUAUUUGUAAAGUGUCCAAUUAUAUAGGAGAGGCUAAUCAGUCGGCCUGGCUGACUGUCACCAGAUAUGAGCCCACAGCUGUCACACACUACCCUCCAGCCAGCCACACCUACUUAGAGGUUGUCAUCUACUGCGUGGGCUUCUUUUUCAUCGCUGUCAUGAUUGUCAUCGUAAUUAUCGUCAAGAUUCGCACCUCCUCGAAGAAGAGUGACUUCAACAGCCAGCUGGCCGUCCACAAGCUGGCCAAAAGCAUCCCUCUGCGCAGACAGGUAACAGUGUCUGUGGACUCGAGCUCCUCCAUCCAUUCUGGAGUGAUGCUGGUCCGUCCCUCCCGCCUCUCUUCCAGUGGCUCUCCAAUGUUGUCUGGGGUGUCUGAGUAUGAACUGCCCCAAGAUCCCCGCUGGGAACUUACCAGAGAAAGGCUUGUCCUUGGGAAGCCACUGGGUGAAGGCUGCUUCGGUCAGGUGGUGAUGGGAGAAGCACUGGGUCUAGACAAAGAGAAGCCAAACCGCGUCACCAAGGUUGCUGUUAAAAUGUUGAAAUCUGAUGCCACAGAGAAAGACCUGUCGGAUCUGAUUUCAGAGAUGGAGAUGAUGAAGAUCAUUGGGAAGCACAAGAACAUCAUUAAUCUGCUGGGAGCCUGUACACAGGAUGGUCCUCUAUACGUGAUUGUUGAAUAUGCAUCCAAGGGCAACUUGCGGGAGUACUUGCGAGCUCGGCGCCCGCCAGGCAUGGAAUACUGCUACAACCCAGACCAGGUUCCCGUGGAGAACAUGUCCAUCAAAGACCUGGUGUCCUGUGCUUACCAAGUGGCCCGAGGCAUGGAGUAUUUGGCCUCCAAAAAGUGCAUCCACAGAGAUCUAGCUGCUCGUAAUGUUUUGGUAACGGAGGACAACGUCAUGAAAAUAGCUGAUUUUGGCUUGGCAAGAGACAUCCACCACAUUGAUUAUUAUAAGAAGACUACCAACGGCCGUUUACCAGUCAAGUGGAUGGCUCCAGAGGCUCUGUUUGACCGGAUAUACACACACCAAAGUGAUGUCUGGUCGUUCGGAGUGCUGCUCUGGGAGAUCUUCACCCUGGGAGGCUCUCCAUACCCCGGCGUCCCAGUUGAAGAGCUGUUCAAGCUGCUGAAAGAAGGUCACCGCAUGGACAAGCCCUCGACCUGCACUCAUGAGCUGUACAUGAUGAUGAGGGACUGCUGGCAUGCAGUGCCUUCUCAGAGACCCACUUUCAAACAGCUGGUUGAAGACCUAGACCGCUGUCUGGCCAUGACAUCCAACCAGGAAUAUUUAGAGCUCUCUGUGCCUCUGGACCAAUACUCCCCCAGCUACCCGGACACCCGCAGCUCCACGUGCUCCUCCGGUGAGGACUCGGUUUUCUCCCACGAUGCUGGAGCGGAGGAGCCCUGCCUGCCAAAGUUUCCUCCCCACUCCAAUGGGGCAGCCAUUAAGAAACGCUGAUACCUCAUCUUCAUUCAGACAUUGACAUUUCCUCCGCUCCCUGCCUCAUGGGGUUGGACUUCUCCCCCUACAUUCCCAGACAUGAAGCUAAAAACACUGGUGCUCGGUGAGAAAGGAGCUUUGAGACACUUGGUAGAACUUGUUGGAUCCUAUGGACUGAAGAUUACAGCCGUUUCCCGGUUCUUGGUGGUGACGUUGUUUAUUGGGGCACUUCGUAUUAACAGGAGUGGCUGUUUGUCACAGUUUCAGAAAAAAGCAGUCCAUCCCCCCAUGGUCGGAUCAGAAGAAUGGAAAGGACUGAGUAGGACUGUGUCCAUUUUUUUUUUUUUGUAGCUUUCAUUUUGUUCCUUCCUCCAUGGUCGUUUCAUCAGUACUGAAGAAGAGCAGACCAAACCCAAGAGACAUGCAGCACCAUGAUCUGCUGCAUCACUCACCAUCUCCUUGUAAAUACAGUUAGAAAAUUAUAAAUAUGAAUAUAUAUUUACACUGUACUCUUAUUUUUAUUACCAUAAUUGAUUUAUUUUGUUUUGAUCCAUUUUUGAAUAUAGUCCUUAGGGGCAGUUGUUAUAUGAGGGUACUUUGACAUGACAUGGCCAGUUUUUAUUGCUGUACCACAGCCUCAAUUCCCCUUAAAUUUACUACAUAAUCGUCUGUGGAAAAAUAUAUAUAUCGGGUUUUAUAUUUUUUUAACUGUAAAUGCUUUUCAUGAUACAACUUUGCAAUACAGUGUAACUCAGUGUUUGGGGUUUUCUCUCCAGCAGAAAAAAAAAUAGAUUUAUGAAAAUGUUUGUGUGUCUGUGCACGGCUGUCUCUGUAUGUAUGUGUGUGUGUAUGUAUGUAUGUGUGUGUAUGUGUGUGCUGGAUGUGUGUGCAAACUUUUAUUGUCUCAUUCAAGGUUGUUCAUUGAAUUUCAAGGAUGGUCACAACUGUAAAUAUCCCUGGUUGUACGCCGUGCUUGUUAAAAUCCAGAGCUAUCUGCUUCAGUCAACAUCAUGCACUUCCACUGUGCAUGCCUUCCAUGUGAUGAACUGAUCUUCUACUGUAAAUGCUUUAACAGGAGUUACAUUUGCUGCCAUAUAACUUCUGAUGAAGGGUUGCAGAACACGUAUGUCAUCAUAAAAAGAAUUACAUUAAAUAAAAAUGUUAAUAAUAAACAAA